GUUUGUUGUCGGAGAAAGGAGAGAAAGGAAAGCGCGAGGAGCCGCCGCCGCCGCCGCCGCCCGCGCUGCCGUGCCGGAGCCGAGGGGACCCGGGCCGCCGCCCCGCCGCGCCUCCUGCUCGCCGCCGGCUCCCUGUCCUCGGACUCAACUCCAGCAGCCUGUUAAAACAUGGUGGAUUACUAUGAGGUUCUAGGCGUGCAGAGACAUGCCUCAGCCGAGGACAUUAAAAAGGCGUACCGGAAACUGGCACUGAAGUGGCAUCCAGAUAAAAACCCGGAGAAUAAAGAAGAGGCAGAGAGAAAAUUCAAACAAGUAGCUGAGGCGUACGAGGUGUUAUCAGAUGCCAAAAAACGGGACAUCUACGACAGAUACGGCAAAGAAGGGUUAAAUGGAGGUGGAGGAGGGAUUCAUUUCGACAAUCAGUUUGAGUUCGGCUUCACAUUCCGUAACCCAGAGGACGUCUUCAGGGAAUUUUUUGGUGGAAGGGACCCAUUUUCAUUUGACUUCUUUGGUGUUCUAGGGGACUUCCAUUUUCAGGCUCUAAGGAUUUGCACACAGGAAAAGAAGCUGCUGCACGGCUACUACAUGUACGAAGUAACGGUUCAGCCUGCUGGGGGCUUCGAGGAGGUGGCGAGUGAGGACUCGGAGCCCGGGUCGGAGGACUCGGCCGAAGACGCGGCAAGCGAGGAGGACAGCGAGGUUUUGGAUGUGAUCUCCAGCGAGGAGCUGGAUGUCUGUAGCGAAGAUGAGCCCAGCGAAGGCUGUAGCCGGGGCCGGGGCGAGCUGCUCAGUGAGGAGCUGGAGUUUGUGUCCAGCGAGGAGGCGGCGAGUGCGGGGGACGUGGAGGAGCUCAGCGAGGAGUGUGCGGAGCUGCUGAGCGAGGACAGCGGGCCGGAGCCGGAGGGGCUGCCCGCGGGCCCGUGAGCGGAAUAAAACGUUUGUGCGUUACGAACCAGUGCCUGAGACCGUCCUUGCUCAGACAGCGGAGCGGUCCUGGAGGGCGCCGGCGAGUGGACAAGGGGUGGGCCCCGGGAGGAGAGGCGGGGGCUCCCGCAGCCCCACGCGCACCGUGAGCGAGAAGCCUUGCGCUUCCAGGCCCGCUGGGUGGCCUCGGGCAGCCUCAGUCCCCCAGGCUUGGGGGCUGGCAAGAGGAAAUGGUGUCUCCUGGUCUUUGGAGGCCAGGAGUGUGGAACCAGGUCCUGGGAGGGAGCAGCUCUUCCAGCCCCCUCAGAUGGUCCGUGCAUGUCUGCACACUGGCCCCCUUUGCGAGAGUGUCCCUGUCCAGAUGUCCCCCUCCUAGGGACGUGGCACUCCUGGAUUCAGACCCACCCUACUGAGCUCGUCUUAACCUCAUCGUCAGCAAAGACCCUGUUUCUUCUGGAAAAGGUCACACUCAAGGGCUUGGGGCUUUGGGAUUCCACACCACUUUGGAGGGCCACAGUCCAUCCUGUAAAGUAGCUUUCCCCAGAGAGUUGUCUGUAUACUCUAGAAGCAGCCCUUUUGGAAGGGGAGAGAGGGGGAGGCCUUCGAAGCGCGUUGUGCUGGAAGAAGGUAGGGAAGGCAGAGGUGAGAGGCGCGGGUGCCUCCCCACUCCUCAGGGAUGAAGUGUCACACGCAUGUGUCCACGCACGUGUCCUCGGAAAGAAGGCGAAGAGUAAGACUUGACAGUCCACGUGGACACGUAACGCGUCCGGCUAGUUUCUGGCGUCGUGCUGCCUCGGUGGCUGCCCCUCUGGCUUCCCCGCUGCUCCUCUUGGGAGGGACUGGCUCUUUGGGUCACAUUUUCCUGAAGAACGUGGCCGCACGUCCCUGUGCUGCCUUGGGAGCGCUUGCCCUUGGUGUGGAGCUGGCGUGUGGAAGCAGCUCCUUUUCGUUUGAAGUUCAUGCUGGCGAGUGCGGGCGCCUCGGCUCUUCAUCCUCGAGCCCGUGCUUGGGAGUGAUUCCGAGACGUGCCUGUGGUGCCCUCCGGUCCCCGCAUGGUCCCCGCCGCGCAUGGUCCCCGCUGCAGGCCCGCGGGGAGAGGGGAGGCCGGCUGCCCGACAGGGUGGUUCUGAGAACUCUCUUCCCGGCCGGGAGAACAGCGGAGCUGGCCCACGGCGGGUGUGCAGGCCCGCGGGCGGGGUCUGGCUGCCAGGCCCUCCGUGCGGUCUCACUUUCCAGGGUGGCAGCGCCUGGACGCCUGUCGCUGCUGCGGUGUUCGCGUAGUUUGUAGCCUUGCUUGGGUCCGUUUCCGGACUCUGUUGUAGGGUUGGCUCCCUGUGUCUUCCACGUGGAAUUUUGGUCCGUGUAGUUGAAGGAAACACUUCCUGGGAACUGGGAGGACAGGUUCUAUGGCCGCAGCUGUGGGAGAGCGUAGGGCAGUCGAAUGGGGGCCGCUGACCCUCUUUCUUCGAAAUGCCCCUGCUGCGUUGGAGGUUCUGUCCUGUCUCCCCCCCCCGCCGCCCCCACGUUUUUCUUGUGGCCCAGGCGGGAGUUGAUACUGUGAGGCCUGUGGGGGGGAGCCGCUGGCACCGCGCACUGUCAGAGUCUCCUGCCCAGUGCCUGGGGUUUGCGCCUCCUGAUUCACGGGAGGGCUUCUGGGCAGUGGGCUGGGAGCCGUGUCAGCCGGGGGGACUGAGUUUGGUUCCUGUGCUUGUUUGGUGUGCGUUAAGGGAGGUGAUCGACCUGUUUCUCCAAACUUGUUCUGUGUUUAUCUGCCAGAUACUGAAUCUUGGUAAACCUUAAGAACGCGUAUGGCUUUGAACACUCUCAAAAUGUAAACUUUUUUCCAUAAGGCUGUUGGCACGUGUGCGUGCACGUGUGUAUCUGUAGUGUGCACUUGUGCUAAAUUAUUCCACAGCGUUCAGUUAAAUGUACUUUUUGUCCUAAGUGUGACCUUGUUACGUGGCUGUUGGUGAGGAUCUUGCUGAUAAGACUGACCCCCUUCAGGGAUUUCCUGUUUCGGGGAGACUAGCAGAUCUCUGAGGUACAGAAGGUGUGCUUGGUACACAGCCGGGGCUCCUGUGACCAUGUUGGCUCACGGCCCAGACCUGCGCCUGUUUCGGGUCGCCUUGGUAUCUCCCCGCUUAAAGGUCCUUGUAAAAUCAGUGAUCGAGCAUUCAGAUCUUACUUUCUGAAGUCUGUGUUACGUUUCUCCAGAGAAGAGCAACAGGGCCUGUGUUUAUGUGUUUCUGUUUCUGACCGUAUAGCCCUCUCUGAGGAAGUUUCGCUGUAAGGAGUCGGCUCGCUCGCUGUGGAGACGGACCGGUUCCGAGUCGGAGAGCUGCGCUCUGGGGUGGAGUCCAGAGGCCGUCAGUCUGGAGGAGCCAGGGUCCAGCUGAAAACCCAUCAGGCUGGAGAAUUCUUUCACUGGGGGGAGGGUGGCCUUUUGUUCUCUUCAGCCCUUCUGUGGAUUGGACGAGGGACACCGGUCCCAGGGAACCCAACAGGUGCCGUUCCGUCUGCCGACGGCAGCGCUGGUCUCACGCAGAGACGCACCCAGGAGACCAGCGGGCCCAGUGUCGCAGCGCGCCGGCGCCCCUUCCAGUUUC